ACCAAACGCAGGCCUCGUUCUUUUGACCGUCAAUUCCUAAAAUUCUUAAACUUUCGUCGGUUUUACACGUAAAACAAUGCUUCAUUAUCACAAGGCUGCAAAAGAUCCUUCUCCCGGACGAAUCUGGCGUUUCACAAAAGUUUGCGUUCCUUCAAGCGUGCAAAAGCGCAUUCCUAACAAGCGAAAACACACAGAACCUUCAACAACAAUCUUAAACGAUGUUAAAAGUAUGAAACGUCAAAAAUUUGACCGGUUUAUCCCGUCUUUAACUAAUCGCGAUGCUUUUUACAUAAACGAAAUGACAGGUGUUGGGCUUGUCGAUACGACACAGCGGUACCUAGGGAAUUUAUUUGAGCUUACGUUUAACACGGUGCUCUUUUAUCAAACGAAGCAUUUGAAUUUUCCUCUAACAGCACCAGGCAACUUGCUUUCUGGUUCAGCAACUAACCACACGCCGCUUCCCAAUCUAUCGUUAAAUGAUGCUUCCUCAAACAAUGUUCUUUAUGAAACUUUAAACCAGCAAUCCGGAUCAGUUGAAACCCCCAUACGUGUUUUAGACGCACCAGGUUUGCGUGACGAUUUUUAUAUCACACCGCUAGCUUGGUCAAAGUUUGGUGAGCUUGCUGUCGCGCUUGCCAAUCAGGUGUAUUUAUGGACUGCCGUAACUGGUCCUGUUUUAUUAAAAAUGGAUGGUUCAAGCGACAUAAGCAGUUUGGCCUACUCGGGCGAUGGUUCUGUCUUAGCAGUUGCACGAAUUGAUGGUGCCGUUCAGCUUUGGCAAGGGGCGGCGGAUCAAAAAAAACUUAUAUCUGAACUUUUCUUUAACGGAGAUAUAAGUUGUAUGGCCUGGAGCCCUGUCAAGCGACUUUUAUUAAUUGGAGGUUGCACUGGCAAGAUCUAUAGCUAUGUCCUGCGCAAGAACGAAGUCGUGCGUGUAUCCUGUAUAAAAAAUGUUCACGCUGAACAAGUUUGUGGUCUGUGUUGGAACCAUGAUGGUACAAUGUUCGCGAGUGGCGGAAAUGAUAAUCGUGUCGCUGUGUUUGAUGCCAGAACACCUACGGUGCCGCAAUUUGUAUGGUUUCACAAGGCAGCAAUCAAGGCGCUUUCCUUUUGUCCUUGGCAAAAAUCAAUUCUGGCCGUUGGCACAGGUUCCAGUGAUCAAAGCUUGUAUUUCUAUGAUACUUUUCGGGGUAACGAAGUCGCGCGCAAGUUCUGCGGCUCUCAAAUCACAGCUACUUUAUGGUCACGACGUUACCGUGAGAUUUGUGUUGCUUUAGGCUAUUCGGAUCGGCCGGAACAGCGUUCUCUUGUCGUAUAUCGUUGGCCUCAAUUAACGCCCGUGUUUGGAAUGUCUACGUCAAAACACAGAGAUGCCCGGAGGGUUCGAACAGUUAUGGCUGUUGAUACUCAUUGUCGAGUUGGAGGCACGUGGAAAGAAGGCGAAUACAUUAUCGUUGCAAACAGCGAUGAAACCGUGAAGUUCUACAAAAUUUGGGGGGAGCACGACAAUGUGCACCAUAAUGAAAAGGCCACAAUCCAAACAGGUAUUUUCGGUAGUGACAUUGUCGAAAUGCUUGAGGAUAUUCCGGAAAAAUGUUUGAUGUCUGCCAUUCGGUAAUGGGUGUCUUUUCAAAUAAAACCCGCUUCCCCUCAUGUAAAGAUUUGGUUCCCUAAUAUUUACACCGGUAUCAUUCUCUAAAUUUCGACAUAGGAAAUGUUGGUGGACUGCUGAGGGAGAAUCUGUCUUCUUUUAAAUUGGCCAUCUCAACGUUCUCGAGAGUAUGUCUAAAGAGCAAACCCUCAUUAUCAACAUCAUAGUGGCAUAUACCACACCAGCAUGUUUCGGCUGUAAUAUCCCACUCAAAUUUGAUGGUUAAACGGGCCGCUGUUCGGCUUAAUUGGUUCACUUCGCUGGACAACAGUUGCAAUACUUGUUGAUUAUGGUUUCCAAACAGAAUGUUGACUAACCAUUUUACAGACAGAAAGAAGAACUCAUAUUUUUUAACUCCAUGAAUCACAGGAAUGCUGUGAGAAUGCGGAAAAAUGGACAAUUGAAUGUCUCUGUGCAGGAUUUCAUGAGGAAGCGAUUUCUGUAAGGAAUAGGGAAACUCUUGUAGGAUUAAAUCAAUCGCUGAAAUGAGUUACUGAAUUCGGUAUGUUCUAAUGCUACUUACUUCUUCCCCUCGCUAUAAAACCUUCAUCUACAGGCCCUUGGUGAAUGGCGGCGCAUCUUCCCCAGCGGAAAGAUUUCCAAAGGUUGCUCCUGCAAUAAAACGAUCUUAAACCUAAACUCUUAACUAUUAUCAUCAAAGUGUG